AUGACGUCCCGCCUGCGCGGUCCUUCGGCGGUAAAGGACACGCCAAGGACUGCCUCGUUCGCCAAGGACGAUUUCCAUCGUCCGAACCGAAGCGAACCGGAAGCGCACUCCGGCCGGUCGUGCAAGAAUGGCGGGCGCGGCAACCGUUAUCACUUCGGUAUGUCGAAACAGCACGACAGCAAGACGGAACGGAACGGACGGGAAUACAAGGAAGAGAUGGAAGACAACAACGUCGACUUGUUGUACAAAAAGAGCAAAGAACAUUUUGGAUCCUGGGACAUCAAGGACGACGCGAGAAGAUCAAGAAGACAGGAUCUCGAGGACGCACAAGUGACGAAUGGAAAGUUCAGAAGAGACAGUUCAGAACCCGUGAGUGCGAAAUUCUUGGAUAAAACUCAAGAUCGUUUGGAGUACCGGGACGAAGGAUACGUAGGAUCUUUGCCAAGGGAGAAUCGACAGAAAGGCGAGAGCGUCGAGCGAGAACUCAAUGGCUCUCAUAGAUCGAGGAGGAAAGAAUACUGGGAGGAAAGCGUGGAGGCGAAGAAUCGAGGGAAGAUGUGCAAGAUUAGCAGAAACAACGAUAGCAAUAAUGACACCACGCAGCCCGUCGACGAGAGGGAUAUCCUGCUUAAGGAGAUCGAGAGUUUAGCCACUGAUGGUAGUCAAUCGCCGGAUCGUAGGAUCCAGGCGAUGAUCGAGCGAUUGAAAUCGCGAGAGGAGAACAAAUUGCGGUCCAGAAGAGAGCAGAGAUCUGAAGUAAGUCCCGAUAAGGAAGCGAACGAUAGGGCGAAAAGCGGCAGCAAAAGUGAUGCACGAUCGCCGAUCAUCGAUCAUUCGCCCGAUAAUCGAUCUAAAGAUCGAAAUAGGAAGCUGAAGGAUGAUCGCGAAGACGAACGCAGAUCGAGCGAAUAUAAGCUACGUGGAAAAUCCGAUCGAGAGGAGGACUCGGGCCGAUGCGAUCGAUCGAUUGAUCGAAGAUCGAAGAGCAUCGAGAGGCAGAAUGAAGAUCGCGAGCCUCGAGGAGAUGAUACUUUCCGAAAAAGAAGCGAUACUUAUAAUACCGAAAGAAAUUAUCGUAGGAAAUCGAAAGAAGACGAUGAAGCUCGAUCGAGAGAUAGUUCGAAGAGAAGAAGUUACACGUACGAAGGUUCGCCGGAGGACUUUGACGUAAGGAUACAGAGAUACGACCGAGCUCUCCUUGAGCCACGAAGGGACCUGGACAGAAGUUCCUCCAGACGAAGUUCGCCCAGGGGCUCGAGUCUAGUUAGGAAGGAAUCUUUGAAGGAAUUCGAUCAAGAGCCGAUAGUCAAGAAGAAUUCUUUUAGAACGGAAUCCAGGAGAGCGAGCAAGGAUUGCGGCGAGUCUAGCUUAACUAGAAAAACAUCGUUUAAGGAUCAAGAUAAUGAUAUAUACAAAAAUCACAUUUCAAAUAGUCAACACGACACUUCUAUCAGAUACUUCGGCAAGGAUCAAGAAGAUUUAUCUCAUAAAAAUUCCUUCAAAGACAAAAAUAUAGAUGUAGAUAGAAAAGGUAUCUACAAAGUACAAGAGUUUGGCAGAACUUUUCUAAAAAAUCAGCACGAUAGUACGGAGAGAAAAAUCUCUUCCAAAGAACACACAAGUGGCGUCAGUAGAAUUAUCCUCAGGAAUUUUGAUGAUGAUUCGAACAGGAACAAUUCGUUUCAAAAUACGAGCGAGGAUUCUGAGAAGAAGAACGUAUUGAAGGAAAAAAGCGUUGAGUUUGGCAAGAUCUCUUACAAGGAUGGCGAGAACCACUCAGAGAGAAAGAAGAAUAGUUUCAAGGAUGACGACGAGGAAUUUGGGCAAACAUCUUAUCACGAUUACGAGAACAAUAUCGAUAGGAAAACCGCAAACGAUCGCUACAUCGAAUUCGGCAAAAUAUCCUUCAAGACAGAAGAUGACGAGUUAUGCUCUCCAAAUUCUUUCAAGGAAGAAGAUAAUGAAGCAGUCGUUCAAACGAGUUCUUUCAAGGAACGCGACGCUUCCUCGAAGAGACGUGCGUCUUUGAGGAACAGAGGUCGCGAGGCGUUUGAAAGAAAAUCAGAGAGACACUCAAAACCGUUGACACCACCAAAGAAGGACGAUCCGGAGGACAACGCCAAGGAAUUAAAGAAUUUUUCCCCCAAAUCCUGGUACGAGAACAACCGGAUGUUUUCCGCCAGAUAUCUACGAAACCACAGUAAGCUGCGAAGCGCUCCGGAAGGGCGGCUCGAUGUCGACGUCUCGCCUGAGCGAGAAUUUUCGAAUCUGCAGAAUACAAGGACCGCGAUCGAGGCAUCCGCGAACGAUCCUGAAGAGGAUCGCUUCGAGACCCGCGACAGAAUCGAUUCGGGCGACGGCGGAUCCCCUCGAGUUUCCUCGUCUCGCGACCGUAACGGCGCCACGAUUAUCAGGAUCCGAUCGUCGGAGGAUCCUGAUAACGCAGCGGAGAGAGUUCGUCGCCGACGUCGUCCCGUCCAGGAGCUAUGCGUGGCGAGGCGUAGGAGAUACGAUGACAAUGACGAGGACAGCGACGAGGACGAUGAGGAGGAGACUCGUUGGCGAAGGACACGAAGGGAUGGCGGAAUCUUGCCGGGGAGAGACGGCGGCGAUGCCAACAGCACGACACCCUCGAGAACGAUCUGGAACUAUCGCGAAGGGGGCGCUCUCAUCACAGACGUAGAAGAAGGCCAACCUUGUUUGCAGUGCGGAGAAAGAUGUCUCGGAUUUUCACCGCACAUUUGGAGGAAGAACUGCACUAGCUGCAAGUGCCCGCGAGAGGCCCACGAUGUUUGUCACGAAGAAUGGGUGUCUGUUAGGUCACGUUUGGGACUUAAAGGCGAUGAGUCGAACGGACCCAUUGGUGUGGAUCCUAGAGAAAGAGGCCUCGCCUGGGCACCUCCCGGACUUCCAUCGCAUAAAAUAGAAGAAUAUUUUUCGAUGCUACCAGAAAUCGCUAUACCAAGACUCGGCACGCCUGGCGAGCGACACAGAGAUCGUCAGUUGGCGAUCCAAUUGCCUAAACAGGAUCUAGCAAGGGCCUACUGUCGACAUUUAGAUCCCAAACAUGCCAGCAGCGCCGACGAUUUUAUGGCUGCCAGAAACGAGAUCGCCCUGGACAUCGGUAGCGCGCAGGAAGUUCUCGAAAGAGAUCUCGAGUGCGGCGUGUGCGGAUUGUCCCUGAAGUACGGCAGCCUCGCUGUGUCAGCCAGCAAACUGGGUCUCCUUUAUCAUCCGGCGUGUUUCAGCUGCGCGGAUUGCAAAGAGCUCCUGGUCGAUCUUGCUUAUUGCGUACACGAUGACACGCUUUUCUGCGAGAGGCAUUAUGCGGAACAACUUAAACCGAGAUGUGCCGCAUGCGACGAGUUGAUUUUCAGUGGCGAAUACACAAAGGCGAUGAACAAGGAUUGGCAUAGCGGCCAUUUCUGUUGCUGGCAGUGCGACGAAUCCCUAACAGGACAGCGUUACGUUCUCAGAGACGAGCAUCCUUACUGCAUCAAGUGCUACGAGAGCGUAUUCGCCAAUGGCUGCGAGGAAUGCAGCAAAAUCAUCGGCAUUGACUCCAAGGAUCUGUCAUAUAAGGACAAGCAUUGGCAUGAAGCCUGCUUCCUCUGCAAUAAGUGCAGAGUGUCUUUGGUGGACAAACAGUUUGGUAGCAAGUUGGACAAGAUCUAUUGCGGCAACUGCUACGACGCCCAAUUCGCCAGCCGUUGCGAUGGAUGUGGUGAAAUCUUCCGUGCUGGCACUAAGAAGAUGGAAUAUAAGACCAGACAAUGGCAUGAGAAGUGUUUCUGCUGCGUGGUUUGCAAGAAUCCGAUCGGCACGAAGAGCUUCAUCCCGCGCGAACAGGAGAUUUACUGUGCCGGAUGUUACGAGGACAAAUUCGCCACCCGGUGUGUUAAGUGCAACAAGAUUAUCACCAGCGGCGGCGUGACAUAUAAGAACGAACCAUGGCACAGAGACUGCUUCACUUGCAGCAACUGCAACAACUCCCUGGCGGGACAGCGAUUCACAUCGCGCGAUGACAAACCGUAUUGCGCCGAGUGCUUCGGCGAGCUCUUCGCAAAGAGAUGCACUGCUUGCUCCAAACCGAUUACCGGUAUCGGCGGCACUCGCUUCAUCUCAUUCGAGGAUAGGCACUGGCAUAAUGAUUGUUUCAUCUGCGCGGGCUGCAAAACCUCGUUGGUCGGACGUGGUUUUAUUACCGAUGGCGACGACAUUAUCUGUCCUGAGUGCGCCAAAAUGAAAUUGAUGUAAAACACGACUUCACGACGACGAGGAUGACAGCGGGAUCGACGGGGAGAAGCGAGGGGAGAGAGAGAGAGAGAGAGAGAGAGAAAGAACGGGGGAGCGGGACUUCCGGAAUGCAGAAUCCAUACAGUCAAGCGGAUUCUAUUAUACGCCAUAACGAGACCGUCGUCGCGAUUUUAUUAGUUGACAAUUCGGACACGAAACGAACGCAACACGAAGACGGUAAAGAAUUUUAUAAAGUCAUAUCAAGAGACUAGAUUGCGGGAAAAUAUAAUAAAAGUUAUGAAUAUAAUAAAGAAGAACCUGCAUUACAGAGCCGCGAUAAUUUUUACGACCGACGUACUUCGACAAAAUUUUUCACGCCAAUUUUUUUUUUUCUUCUUUUUUUUUCAGAGAAAGAUAAAGGUCGAAAAUCCUCUGACCAAGUUCUCGUCUUGGUCAGCAUAGUGAUUUUACUGGUUGAUCGAAAGAAAGGCGGCGCGAGAGAACACGAGAAUCGUUUCUAGCUUCGUAGUCAUAGCGACAUUAGUCUUCGUUAUUUCGUUCUACGUGUGUUUGUAAAAAGAACACUGACACGUGUAUCUUUCUAUAUUUGAGAUGAUUUGCUUGAUCAUCCCGUUGAAAUAUCGAAGAGUGAAAGAAAUAAGAACCGGAAAGAAAAAUGAAUACACACAACCAGCGAGCUGGAUAAAGAGAAAUCAAAUCGCCUUACUGUAAUAAAAUGAUUAUCGAUAUAAACGAUUAGGAUGAUAAAUAAGCCUAAUCGUUCCGCAUACGUGCUCUCGUGAUGUUACUAAUAUCAUUUUUGCUUUGUACAAUUGUAGAGAGAUAUGCGCAUGUGCGCGCAAAAAGAGAGUCUUAUAUAGCAUGUGUGUGUAUGUGUGUGUCUGUAAUUUACACACACGCGAAAAACACGACGGUUUAACACAUACACGUACAUGCACGCUACACAUUUACAUAAAUCUAUCCAAUUGACACCACAUCUUUCUUUCUCUCUCUCUCCCUUUUCCUUUCAGUACGAUACUGUACAUCUAUCAAAAUAGGAAAAAAAUAAUAUCGAAAUAUUAUAGUAAUUCCUAUUAUUAAUUUGUGAACAAAACUCAUCGAAAAAUGAGUUUCUAAAAAAAUGGUCUAAUUACUAAUAUUUUCCAUAUAUUAAAUAAUAUUUCCAAAGAAAUCUCGGUAUUUCCAAAUUUGAGUAGAAAAAUUAUUUGACGUUAUAAAGAUCCGCGCAGAAAUAUUUUUAUAAAAAAAUUUCUUGAUUUUCCAUAUUUCCGUAUUGACGAAGUUAUGAUAAUUUACAACUAUGUGAACACGUGCCGUUAAUCGCAGACAGAUACGAUAAAGAAUACGUAUUUUUGUGUCAUCACUCAACAAUGUUCUGGCUCUCUUCUCUUCUCUGUUUUCCUCCUUUUUUCGAAAAAAACAGGCGCAUAUCAUCGUAGAGAUUCGUUAUCGUCCCGUAUAAAUUGCGCGCACACACACAUAUACACAACACAACACACAACACACAACACACAUACACAUACACACACGUGCACACAUAUACAAACAUGCAUUACACACAAACUCGAAAUUUUUCACAUAACAUAUUAUUUUAUUGAAAAAAAGCAAAAAAAAAAAAAAAGAGUAGAAAAACACAUAUAUACGCACACAUACACACCCAUACGACGUACAUACAUACAUAUAUGCGUACGAGUGUGCAACGGACGCACUCGCGGAAACACUAAUUGUGGCCUUAUCCGCAUCGAGUACCAUAGAAGUAAAAAUAAAAAAAAGAAACUAACGUCUUACAAUAAUUUACUUCAUUACAGGAUACUUAAUAUCAAAUCUAUUGUUAUACAACGCGAAUGAAAGUAAGUGCGCGAAUCAAGCCUACGAACGCGGAACUACAAGAUAAAUUUGAGAAUCGCAAACGUUCGAAUUUUUAAUCGCGACCAAUAUAAGUCACACACGUGCUAUAAUAUACAUGUAUGUUCCGACGGAGUCACUUACACACUAAUCGCCUUAAUUAAUAAACGAUAAGAAGAGAUUAUUCUAUAUUCAGCGUAUCCUAUACACACUGUUACAUUGUAAAAUUGAUAAAUAAAUAAAUGUAAUUAUUUA